AUGCUUCCCUUCCGACAGAUCCUUUCAACGUUCUCUGUGGUGGUUUUUGUCUUGCACGCCCAUCAGCAGCUGCAUGGAUCCGGUCAGGCACUUGCGCGACCUUUUCCCAACUCUGCCGAUGAAUCUUUUGAAGUCUUCGCCACGCUGCCGCGAGCGACUGUUCCCGAGUCGGACACCGAAAGCAACUCCCAAUACAAAAUCACACCAGAGGCUGUCAUCAAAGCUCUCCAGUCGCUCGCGAACGGUGUCAAGAAUCAGCAAGACGGAAAGGCUGCAAGCCCUGUCGUGGCCAUCUCUCACGGAGAAGGUGGACCGAUCAAGCCCGAGGCCAUCUCGGACAACGACGAUGAAGGUGCAGCAGUCAAAUACAAGAACAACCAAGACUCGGAUGCGGCCAAGGCUGCAAUGCAGAAUCUGCAGCAGCCACGCACUCGAUUCUGUGCACAGGCGGCAAACGUGAACAGCACGAUCGACGACAUCUCUCAGACCCUCGUAAAGAAGGAGCGAAAACGUCUUGCUGCCAUUCGCAAGCAGCGAAUAUCCAAGACCGGCUCGAAUGGCAACGCAACCGACGCGCGCUCGCUCACAGAUGCGAGGCUCCUCGCCGAACAGACAAAGACGGUGCAGGUGGUGUGGCACGUCAUCCACUCGGGUUCAGCUGGAAACGUCUCGAACACCAUGAUCUCUGAUCAGAUCGCCACUCUCAAUGCGGACUACAAGCCGUACGGAUUCAGCUUUGAUCUCAACACGACCAAUCGGGUGGACAACGCAAACUGGUUCAAAAACAUCUCGCCCGGAACGAGCUUGGAGACUCAGAUGAAAGGUUCGCUUCGACAAGGUGACGACAAAGUGCUCAAUCUCUACAGCGUUGACUUUUCGAACGGACUCUUGGGAUAUGCCACCUUCCCGUGGGACGUUCAGAACGACCUGAGCAACGACGGCAUUGUGUUUCAAUACAGCACCGUUCCAGGAGGUAGCGAAACCGGGUACAAUCUGGGCAAGACGGUGACACAUGAAGUCGGUCACUGGCUCGGGCUGUACCACGUCUUUCAAGGUGGAUGUCAGUCGCCAGGUGACUAUGUGGACGAUACUCCGCCGCAGAGCAUAGCGACGAAUGGAUGUCCGACCGGUCAGGAUAGCUGUACAGGAGGAGGAUUGGAUUCGAUUCACAACUACAUGGAGUAA